AAUUAUGCUUUGAACGGUGAUAACCCGGAAGUAAUACUAGCAAUUUCUUGCGUGCAGUAGAAACUUGUGCUUGUCCUGUCAUUGUUGGGUUGUACAUGUCAGGGUUUAAUGAUGAAGCUGUAGCUGUAGUUGUUUUUAUGAACGACUUAAGUUUCUGUAAGUGUUAGCAGGAACCUGAGCCUGUGGAGACAUGGUGGGCUAUGACUCCAAGGCUCAGGGUGCAGCACCCUCUCCAGAGGAGGUUGCCCUGGCUGGAUCAGCUGCUGGGAUGGUCACCCGAGCCCUCAUCAGCCCCCUAGACGUGCUUAAAAUCAGAUUUCAGCUGCAGAUUGAGCCUGUGUCUUCGCAGAGGCCGGAGGGGAAGUACUGGGGAAUAUUUCAGGCAUCCCGCUGCAUUCAUUCAGAAGAGGGACUCUCUGCUUUCUGGAAGGGCCACAUCCCUGCACAGUUCCUCUCCAUCUGCUAUGGGGCUGUCCAGUUUACCAGUUUUGAGUUUCUGACUGAGAUGGUCCACAAGAUGACACCGUAUGACAGCCAGACAGCAGGAGUUCACUUUCUGUGUGGCGGUUUGGCUGCCUGCACUGCUACAGUGAUCUGCCAGCCUCUGGACACACUGCGGACACGCUUUGCAGCUCAGGGAGAACCCAAGGUGUACAGUAACCUGCGACAUGCGGUGGUUGCAAUGUGCCGCUCAGAGGGAGUGAUGACUUUUUACCGUGGCCUAUCUCCGACACUGGUUGCAGUGUUUCCUUACGCCGGGCUGCAGUUCUUCUCCUACAAUGUCUUUAAAAAGCUGUUGGCUCCACCACCAAAAAAUGGAAACUCAGGAGGAAACCUGAGGAGCCUGGUGUGUGGCAGUGGAGCUGGAAUGAUCAGCAAAACAAUCACGUACCCCUUUGACCUCUUCAAAAAGAGGCUGCAGGUUGGGGGCUUUGAGGCAGCCAGAAUUCACUUCGGACAGGUGAGGAGUUAUAGAGGCCUCCUGGACUGCAUGGUUCAAAUAGCCAAAGAGGAGGGCAUCCGGGGCUUCUUCAAAGGCCUCUCGCCGAGUCUUGUGAAGGCUGCAUUUUCAACAGGCUUCACUUUUUUUUGGUAUGAAUUUUUCCUCAAUGCCAUGCGUAACCUCAGGGAGAGCAGGAUGACGGACAGCCUCACCAAAGACCUCAAGGAAAAAUAAUGAAGGGAGACAAGUAACAGUAACACAAUCACGCACAUCAGAGGUGGACUCUUGUUAUUCUUCUUCUCUUGCACUUUUGGAACACAUUUAUCAGUCGUGCUGACGUUCAUCGGUGGUUUCUGUUGUGUUUACAUAUAAGGAUGGGAAAUCAUAACCUCAUUUUGUCUGUCUUUGUGCUGUCAACCCACCUUGUGUUGUACACGCAUUGCAUUUUUUUUGUAUUUAACAUUUUAAAUUAAAUUAGAAUUUAAUAUUUUAUUCUGGGUUUCUAAGGUUCAUGGAUGCUUGCUUUUAUAAGAUAAAUGUCAUAACAUUUUAGAUUCAGACUAACUUUGCGCAUUGUGAGCUCCUACGUUUUAUUAACUUGUCACACGUUGUUUGCCAUUAUUGACUAACAUUUACUUAAAUUAAAUUGGAAGAGGGGUAUGCAAAGCAAAACAUGCUCUGAUUGUGUGGUCAUAUGUGUAAAGACAAAAAACAUGAACAUUUGAAUGAGCUUAAUAUUUAUUUUGUAUUGUGGUGGGCUAAACAGCAUCCUGUUGACCAUUCGUCAAAUGUUUGUUUGUUCUGCUAAGUGAAACUGUUUAAAGUGGUGUGUGUCAUUUUCAGGUCAUUAUUUUGGAGAUAAAGGUUUUUACAAAGACUGAGUUCUGUGUGGUGCUUUUACAAGAGGAUACGCGAAUGUUGAAUGCAGAAUUAAUGUUACCAUAUGUGAACACUGGUGUGUUUUU